UGAUUAAUAUGAGUCAUAUUCUCUACAGAAUACUGAAAAGUUCGAGAUUUUUGUGUGCUAAUUGCGUCUAUUUAUUUAUGUUUUAGUUUUUAUUUUAAUAAUCAGUAUUAUAUUUGAAGUGAAAUUAUUUUGAUAUGUCUCUAAAUACAGCUCACGCCGACCACGGCGUUUUAAUACAUGCUGGCGAGUGUAUUAUUAUAUUUUCUGACAAUGUCACUGUUGAGUUCUAUGGAAAUGAAACUCCUGAGUUCAAAGGCACCAAGACUGGUCGCAUGUACCUCACUACACAUCGCAUGAUUUACAACUCAAAGAAUACAGCUGAUGCUAUGAGGUCAUUUAGCUUUCCGUUUAUAGCUUUGCAGGAUGUAGCAGUUGAACAACCCAUGUUUUCAGCUAAUUACAUUAAAGGCAAAGUAAGGGCUCAGCCAAAUGGUAACUUUAUAGGGGAAGUGAAAUUCAAGUUAACAUUCAAAUCUGGAGGUGCUAUUGAAUUUGGUCAAGCUAUGCUUAAAGCUGCACAUUUAGCAUCCCGUCACGCCGCGCCGGACGCUCCGCCGCCGCCGUACAUGCCGCCCACAGGCCCGUGGCACGCCGCGCCUCCCCCCGCCUACGCCCCGCCUCCUCAGGGUUACUACGGAUGGGUGCCGCCUUACACCGCAUUCCCAGAUCAACCGCCACCAAACUCGGUGUUUGUCUCCAAUAAUCCACCUCCAUACCCGGGCGUGGCGGGUGCCACUUACCCGGCUGGCCCCGGUUUUUCCGGCGCUGGGAGUCCUUCUGGCGCUCCCCCGGGUUACCCGGGCGCAGCCGGAGCAGCGCCACCCGGAUAUCCGGGAAAUGCCACCGCUCCGCCCGGAUAUCCCGGUGGCUUCAGUGCUCCCGCCCCAUCCACUGGCAUGUCUUCUCGAGAUGCAAAAGCUGCGGAGGCUGCUCAAAGUGCAUACUAUGAUCCCAAUCAGCCGCAGACGGCGUAUGUUCCGCCUCCAUACAAUGAUCAACCGCCGACUUAUCAGGAAUCUACAUCAAAGAAAGAAAACUAAAGCAUUGUCCACAUUACCACAUGUCCUAUACUUGCUAUUCAUUACCCAAAAACGUAUAAAAUUUAUAAAAAAAAUUUGGCUAAACUGCGAAUAUCUUCGUUUCUAUUC